AUGUUGCUUAUUCUUGGUGUCGAUGCUCUGGGUUGGGAACUCGUUAAAGCAAAGCUUAGCGAGCUCGGAGCUUUUGCUGACGAAGAAUUGCCGGACUACAUAACAGUAAUGGUUGCAAAUAAAAAGAAGCGUAGCAGCAUGGUCAAGGACUUGCAGCUCUUUCUAGGGAAUCAGACAGAGCUGUUUACGGACUGGCGUACUAGGUCUCGUUCUCCCAUCACAUCAGUCAAGCCAUCUUCUGAAGAACCCAUUGUGGCUGAUGUGGUAAACGUUCAAACUGAUGAAAGUAUCAUGGAUCGAUUUGCUUUAAAUAUUUUAGACGAAUUCACUGAAGAGAACUCUCACUCUCUUUCCGGUGACGGUAAACGUGAUUCUGUUCUGAAACCAACAGAACAACGGCGAGUUGUUAGCACCUCAAGUCUUGGUAGCAAGUCCACCCAGAAGUCUUCUGAAGAGCUUCCAGCUGUCCGCUCUGUUGUCAAGGUUUCAACAAAUGCUCCACCUUCGCAGUCAAGCAAUAUUGCAACGGCUACGUCGGCAGCCGUUGGUGGUAUGCUCCUGAAACGUGCAAUGAAUGAGGCUCGAGCCAGCACUGCUCAAGUUCAAGAACGACCUGCCGCCGUUGUUCGUGGUCAAAAACGGCCUAUUGAAAAAUCAGAGACUGCUUCUGUGUCUCAGGAGAAGACGGCAGUGAGCGUGAAUGAAGUAGAUCUAGUGGAAGUGCCGACGAAGAUGACGCGAUUUGUUGUAACCAUGGGUGAGGAGCCGUUGUUGUUGAAGCCAAGUGUGAAGUCCCGAUUGGGACCGCGUGUCGUGGCGCCCAUUACCAACACAUCGAACAGUGUUGAAAUGCUUGACGCUCGCGAAAUCCUCAUUGCCAAGAAGUCUCAAGUCAAGUCGCCUCGUAUGCAGAUCAUCCUUGGUGAUUCCUUUGGUGAAGAUGAGGAGGAGGAUGGGGGAGACGGAGUUGAGAGUGAUGCCAAUGCUAUCUUCGCUUUCGAGAGUGGUGACGGGAAAUCAGAGGACCCGAAACCUGGCAGAAGCAACAUCCCUAGGCAAGGCUUUGACCCUGAAUUUUUUGGCGAUUACUCCACUGUCUCAUCACUCAUUCCGAAAGUUGUAUGUCGCUACUUCCCUCACUGCAAGCUACCCGCAGGCACUUGUCCAUUCUAUCACCCUCCUGUGCCCGUGUGCCGUUUUGGCGCGGCGUGUCUGAACAGAGGCACCACCUGUCCCUUCGCGCACCCUAUACCGGCUGCCAAACCUAAGGCUGGCCUCGUACCCAUACCCUCAAGUAAACUUAAGUGGGUUGCCCCGGGGAAGUCAGCUACUUUUGCCGCUUCCACCACCUCCAUGAGGAAAAUGUCCCCUUCCUCGUCCGAGAAAAUAGCUCGACCCACCACAACCGCAACCUCAAUUUCUGCAGAGCCAACGUCAGCUGAAAUCUCUGGUUAA